UUCAGCGCAAUGGACGAGAAUCUUGCAAAAAACGCUUUUCUUAUUCUAUGUUUCUCUCAUAAUUGUUUUUUACGGUGCUAUUUUAUCAACUCAGCGUAAAACCGUACCCUUUCGCCAUGGAGAAGCUGGUCGUGCUUGUGUUGGUGGCUGUAUGCAUUGGUUACGCGCAGACGGACACGCAGGUGACGAUCGACAAGGCCAAGCAGAUCGUGGCUAUCGCGCAGCAAAUGCAGGCGGACAUCCAGAGCAAGGGCAAAUCCUACCAGCACAUGGCCGACAUCGUGGCGCAGGCGGCGCUCAUUGUCAACAACACCGACACCGACGGAUUUGCGGGGCAUCUGACGAGCCGCACCGGACUGACCCUUGCCGCCAGCAUCAUCUCCUUCGCCGGCGACUGCCUCUCCAGCUUUGGUAAACGUCUCGGCGGCCGCUAAUUGCGAAACUUUGGUCCGCCCACCCUUGCGGCCAGCUACAUGGGUCGGGGCACUGGGCCCUUGUGGCCAGCCUUUAACUCGGCAACGUCUGCUAGGUGGAAGAACCACUACAACGCCACAAGACUGUCUUUAUUAUCGAAAAAACGUAUGCGCUAGGUAGAUGGAAGAUGACCUUUUGCGUAUUCAAUCGUCGCUUUUUGGUGAGAUGCACCAUAACAAAGCUUAUUAAAUGAUUAAAAAACAAUAGGACAAUUUGCGCGCUAAUUGAUGU